GCCCACUGAAGAAGAGCUUCAUCAUUCACAUGAAUGGGUUGAAGUUGAAGAUUGGGAUGAUGAUCUAGAUGAGUACAUUGUGGAUCCUGAUUAUGACAUCUUGGAUGGUGAUGAAGAUUUGACUACCGAGUUGAGGUCAAACGGUCAGUUGCCUGAAGAGAAUGAAGAGAAUGAAGAGAAUGAACAGGAUGAAGAGAACGAAGAGAAUAUUGGUGCUUCGCAGAACAGGGCUGGUGGGAGACCCAAAGGUAAAGCCCAAUUUGAGUCUGGUGGUGUUGACAGAACAAUUCACCAGGACACUGUGGGUGGUGAUUCAGAGUACGUAGAGUCUGAUGGUAAUAGAUCUAUUUCAGAUUCAGAAGAAGAGGGGGGGGGAGGAUUUUAAUGUGUUUGAUGAAGACCACGACCAUGAGGGUCCAACUUUCUCUAUUGGGAUGUUGUUCACUGACAGGGAGCAGUUUAAGAAGGCCUGCCGUGAGUGGGGGAUACACCACAGGUACCAACUGCACUUCCCUGUAAAUGAGAUAACAAGGGUGAGGGCAAAGUGCUACUCAAAGAGCAAAUGUAAGUUCUACGUGUUUGCCUCAAAGCUGCACCUCAAAGAUCCCAAUGACAACACAUUCCGAGUGAAGACCCUUGAUCUGCGCCAUACAUGUCCUAAAGUGAGCAAAAACUUCCACCUGACUAGUGCAGUCCUCGCCGACAAGUACUUAGAAGAAUUUAGAAACGAUCCUGAAUAUAAGUCUGAAGUGUUUGUGAAGAAGAUUCAGACGGACCUAAAACAAUCAAUAAGCAUUCAGCAGGCAAGAAGAGCAAGAAGGGCAGCAUUGGACAAAUUGGAGGGUGAUGAAGACCGGCAAUAUGAGAAGCUGUAUGACUAUAAGAGGGAGGUUUUGAGAACCAACCCAGGCAGCACGGUGGAGUUUAAAGAAGCAAGGGGGAAGUUCCAGGGAAUGUAUGUAUGUUUUGAUGGGUUGAAGCAGGCUUUCGUGAAUGGGAUGAGACAGAUUGUCUGUCUGGAUGGGUGCUGGUUGAAGGGUAAAUACGGGGGUCAACUUCUUUCUGCAACAGGGAUUGAUCCAAACGACUGUAUGUACCCCUUAGCAUAUGCCUGGGUUAAAACGGAGAACACGGAGACCUGGAUGUGGUUUAUUGGGCUACUAUCAGUUGAUCUGCACCUUACGAAUGCCGCUGUUUUCAUGUCCGAUAAACAAAAGGGUUUGUUGAAUGCUGUGAAGGAGUUGUUCCCAUAUUCAGAGCAUCGAUUUUGCUGGAGGCAUUUGUGGGCCAAUUUCAGGAGCACAUUUCACACGCAACACAUGAAGCCCUUCAUCUGGAACAUUGGAACAGCAACAUACAAAGCAGCCAUGGAUAGAGCAAUGAAAGCUCUGGAAGACAAACAUGACGCUGGCUACAAAUGGAUCAAAGAGAGGGACAGGAAACACUGGUGUAGAGCGCUGUUCAAAGAGGAAGUUAAGUGUGAUAUCCUCCUAAACAACCUGGCUGAAGCAUUCAACAAGUACAUACUUGCUGCAAGAGAGAAGCCAGUGUUGACAAUGUUCGAAAUGAUAAGGACGCAGCUUAUGAAGAGGAUUAAUGACAAGCAGAAGUUUGGGGGAAACAUGGAGGGUGAGCUGUGCCCAAAGAUCAGAAAGAAGCUUGCUAAAAUCAUUGAUUAUGGUUGGAAGUUCACCGCAGAUCCUGGUGGUAGCCCUCAGUGGCAGGUAGAGGGCCCAGGGGGCCAGUUCGUGGUUGAUUUGGCUAACAGAACAUGCACAUGUCGAAGGUGGCAGCUUAGUGGAAUCCCAUGUUCGCACGCUACACCAUGCAUAUAUGGAAAUAAUCAACGGCCUGAAGAGUUUGUGGAUGAUUGCUACAGUGUAGCUACGUAUCAGAGGGUAUACAGCUAUGUAAUCAACCCUAUGAAUGGGCCAGACAUGUGGGAAACAGACCCUGAGCCGGCUAAUAUCAUACUCCCACCAUCCCCAGUACAUAAGAAGAAGAGGGGCAGAAUACCAACGGCCAGGAAAAAAGAGGCGGAGGAACUAGAGAAACAAAGGGUUGAAAAAGCCAAGGAAGCCGCUGCAGGUAGGGAAAAGUUGCCAAGGAAAUGA